CUCACCGCUGGGGCAUAUUUCCCCGUCUAUCUCCGUAGGUCGACACUGCAGAUAAACCCAUGCAGUUACCAUUAAUAGCGGUGUGGGAGAGUUAACUCGUCGUCUGGCAGACACCACUGAAACGUUUUUCUGGAUUUUGUAUUGACAUUAUUGGGGGACAUUUUUUGGGGGACAUUUUUUUUUUUUACCUUUCAACUCUCGUCUGUGAUAUUCUUCAAAACGGAAUCUGCUGGGCCCUCAAAGCGUGUUUGAUUUGUGCCUCGAGGAUAUCCAGGAUACAUGCGUUUUUCAUUCGCAUAAUGGAGGAUUGUCCGGUUCGUUGUUAUGCAUAUGUUAUAACGCCGUGAUUUUGGGGGUGUUUAAAUUUGUGUUUCUUGCCGUGGAUUGCAAAUUUGGAAUUUCUCUCCCAGGCGACUCAGCGAAAAGGGAAGUAGAGAGAGAGAGAGCGGGGAUCAAGACACUGCCACCUCGCUCGAUCACACCACGGGAUUUAAAUAAUUGCAUGUUCUAAAAAAGGAUAUACAUGUGGCUAUUCGGUGUUUAACCGACCCAAUCAGGUUUGCAGGAUGAGUAAAGACAGACCCAAAAGGAACAUCAUACAGAAGAAAUACGACGACAGCGAUGGGAUCCCAUGGUUAGAGGAGCGCGAGGUGAGGAAGGUGCUUUACCUUUCCCUGAAGGAGUUUAAGAACACCCAGAGGAACAAGGUGACAGAUGGCCUCGGCACAGGAAAUAUCAAUGGCUCUUUCCCACACAGCCUUGGCUGCCGAUCAGGACCAAAGGCAGGGCUACUGGCAGUCAACGGUAAAGCUGAGUGCUCACGCUGUUCGUCUCAAAGCAACGAUGGCAGCAGCGAGUAUUCAGGGGACGAUCCAGUCAGAAAGAGACCGCGGCUGCAGGCUCAGAGGAAGUUUGCCCAGUCUCAGCCCAGCUCCCCCAUUGCCACACCAGUCAAGCUGUCUGAGACCCUACUGCCCCCCAGCCCCACCUCCCCCCUCAGCGACCUCACCAGACGCAAGCCCAAGACCGAGGACUUCCUCACCUUCCUCUGUUUACGAGGCUCGGCUGCGUUGCCAGGCAACAUGGCGUACUUUGGGAGUGCCCAGGAUGAUGUGGAUCUGGAGGAUGAAGAUGAUGAGGAGGAGGAGUGUGACGACAGGAUGUCAGCUCUCAGCCACAACUCCACUUCCUGUCCGUCCUCACAGCGGAAAAACAAAACAACGCCGGGGAAGAAGGUUUCCAAUGGACAUGUUUUGAAUGGCCACUGCAGGUCCUUACGGGGGAAGGAGCUCAUCCUGAGGCCCAGAGGGAGAGAGGCUGUCCAGGCCAGAGAGAGGGCUGAGCGGGGAGAGGCCCGGAGGGAGCACCACAGGACCUCUAAAGGACCCCCAGCCAGGAACUCCGGCACCACCCACAGCCUUCGCCACAGCAGGCCCACCCAGGAGCACCCAAAGCAGGUUUCAAAAGUGAACAGGCUGUCGCGGGUAUCGUCAGCUACUGUACGCAACUCCUGUGCCAAAAAGCCCCCGGCCUCCCGAACACUGUCGUCCAGAACUGUGAAGUCCACAGCCGCAGCGCUUCCCAGGGGCCACAUCCCCUACACCAAAGCCAGACUUCUCAAAGAGGCCAAACUCACACUGGGCAAAAGAGCCUCCUCCAAAGCUCGCCAACCCGUGAAGACCCACCGCCGCCCUCACCCUCGCACACCACACUCCAACUCAGGAAAAGCCUCAAGCGGCGAUGCAAAGACUCCCAACAAACAGGAGGUACAAUCCAACAAGGCAGCCGGCGGGUGUUGCCUACAGCGAGUCAACGGGCAGCUUCACCCACGCCGAUGUGGCGGUCAGCAGGUACUGCAGGGGCGUGAGGGCGUCAGACACUCCAAGAGACGUCUGGGGCUCCCGGCUGAGGAGUGUCUGACAGAAACACCGGAGUCUUCAACGGAGGUCAAAAAGGUCAGACUGCAGGUCAACGCCCCGGAGACGCGAAGCAGCAGGAAGGUCAACGUCCAGGAGAAGGCUGUGGCGGUGUCAGGCGGCCAUCUUGGUAAGGUCACGUCAUCCCGACCUUCCUCCUCGGAGCGAAGACCGAAACGAGCCUCCGCUGGCACGCUGAUGUUGACCCGACAGGCACAGCCCAUACCCCCUAUUGCUAAUACUACUACUACUACUGCUACUGCUACUACACCACCAGCUAAUAACACUACUUCUAAGAAAACUUUCCAGGCCACUUCCAAGAACACUUCCCAGGGAACUUCCAAGGGCACUUCCACCUCCACUUCCUCUACCUCAGCAGCCAAGGUCAAACCAGGCACCAGCAGCCCAGCUAAAGCAGCAGCAGAACCUAAAGCAACAGAGUGGCAGCGGGGACAGCGGGGUAGUGGGGAGAAGAGAGGUGCAGCACCACCCCCGUCCCUGUCCCUAACCGAGGUGCCAGUGUUCAGACCCAGCCUGGAGGAGUUCCAGGACCCCCUGGUGUACGUGGAGGCGGUGCGGGUGCAGGCAGAGAGCUAUGGGCUGUGCAGGGUGGUGCCCCCUCAGGACUGGAGGCCAGAGUGCAAGCUGAAGGAGGACAUGAGGUUUGUGACCCAGGUGCAGCACAUCCAUAAGCUGGGUCGGCGCUGGGGGUCCAACGUACUCAGGCUGGCCUGCAUCAGGAAACACCUCCAGGCCCAGGGUAUCUCCAUGGAAGACCCACCGCUCAUAGGCGGCUGUGAGUUAGACCUGGCCCGGUUCUUUCAGCUCAUCAACGACAUGGGCGGCAUGCAGCAGGUCAGCGACAUGAAGAAAUGGAGUAAGCUAGCCGACCAGCUCCGUAUCCCCAAGACUGCGCAGGAUCGUCUGGCCAAGCUGCAGGAAGCCUACUGCCAGUACCUACUGUCCUACGACUCCCUGGACCCCGCUGAGCGCUCCCGCCUGGAGAGGGAGGUGCUGGAGGAGAAGGGGAGGCUGGAGAAGAGGAGGGGGCCCCUGGAGGGCCACCCAGAUGACUCCCAACAGAGCCUGCUCCAGUUGCCCCGCUGUGAGCCCAAGAAUGGCCUGGUAAACGGGGUGGUGCAGAGGAACGGCCUGCCCAGGAGCCUGGAGGAAGGAGAGAGAGAGGUGAAGAAACAGGAGGAGAUGUGGCUGAGGUCCAGCAGGAGGAGGCUGUUCGCUCAGGAGAAGAAAGGAGGAGCGGAGGAGGAGGAAGGGGUUCUCAGCGACCAGCACAAGUGUAUAUACAGGGGGAAGUCGGUUUCUCUCACUACAUUCUACAGGACUGCCAGGAAUACUAUGAACAUGUGCUUCAACAAGGAGCCUGGGACGGCUGAGGUGGAGCAGGAGUACUGGAACAUCGUGGAGCAGAGGGAAUGUCACGUUGCAGUGCACUGUGGGAAAGUGGACACUAAAACUCAUGGGAGUGGCUUCCCUGUUGGAAAGUCGGAGCCGUUUUCAAAACAUGGAUGGAACCUUACAGUCCUUCCCAAUAAUUCAGGAUCCAUCUUACGCCAUCUUGGUGCUGUGCCAGGAGUGACCAUUCCGUGGCUGAACAUCGGCAUGGUCUUCUCUACCUCAUGCUGGUCGCGAGACCAUCAUCGCCUUCCAUACAUUGAUUACCUACACACUGGCGCUGACUGCAUUUGGUACUGUAUUCCUGCUGAGGAGAAGAUGAAGCUGGACAAGGUGGUUCACACACUGCUGCAGGCUAAUGGAACCCCAGGACUGGAGAUGUUGGAGAAGAACAUCAUGAUCUCUCCGGAGGUGCUGUGUCGAGCGGGGGUCAAAGUGCACCGGACCGUCCAGCAGAGUGGCCAGUUCGUCGUCUGUUUCCCGGGAGCGUUCGUCUCCAAGGUGUGCUGUGGCUACAGCGUCUCCGAGACAGUGCACUUCGCCACCCCCCAGUGGCUGAACACGGGAUACCAGGCUGCCAAGGAGCUGAAAUGUCGACGCAUAGAGAGGUCCUUCUCCAUGGAGAAGUUGCUGUACCAGAUCGCAAUGUCAGAAUCUAAACGGGAGAAUGGUCUCAUUCCGAGAACCGUGACCUCACUUCUCAAAGACCUCCGGGAUACAGAGUUGAGACAGCGCAGGGAUCUGUUUGACGCCGGCCUGCGGUCCGUUGCCCGCUACUGUAGCCAUGACAAUCAGGCCUCGUCAGAGAGCAGGAGGAUACAGCGCCAGUGGCUGAGGCUCGACCCCUCGGACCGACGCUGCCAGGUGUGCCAACAUCUCUGCUACCUCUCCAUGGUGGUCCAGGAGAGUGAGAACGUGGUGUUCUGUCUGGAGUGUGUCCUGCUGUACGUACAGAAACACAAGUCCUGCCGAGGCCUCAAAAUGAUGUACCGUUACGAUGAGGACCAAAUCAACCAUCUGGUGAGCAGGGUGUGUGGGAGAGUGCAGGAGAGGAGAGGGACGAGAGGACUCCAGGGCCCCGGGGAGACGUCGCCCCCGGCCAAACGCAGCCCCCGAAACAGAACCUCCAUCACAGUGUCUCUCACCCGCCUCCCCUCCUCCACCCUGCCCAAGACCGCCCUCGGCUCUAAAUAACUCACAUCGUCGGCCGCGCUCCAAUACUUCACAUCCUUCCUUCCUGGGUUCUUUGAGGUAAAACACAGAUCUACAAUUGGUUAGGUUAGCUUAGUGGUUAAGAGCGUUGUGCCAGUAAUUGAAAGGUCGCUGGUUCUAGUCCCCGAGCCGACUAGGUGAAAAAUCUGUCGAUGUGCCCUUGAGCAAGGCACUUAACCCUAAUUGCUCCUGUAAGUCGCUCUGGAUAAGAGCAUCUGCUAAAUGACAAAAAAUAAAUAAAUAAAAUAAAACAGAACCAGGCUCUGAUUCACUAGAAAUACCACUCUACUUUAUCACAUAUUAAAAACACCACAAUACUUAACAUUAGCAUAGGUAACAUUAUGCAAAUGUUGCUUGACAAAUGGUCAACCAGUUGCAUUUAUUUUACUUGUGCAUGCUUACUUGAGCAAGGCACUUAACCCUAAUUUCUCCUGUAAGUCGCUCUGGAUAAGAGCGUCUGCUAAACGACUAAAAUGUAAUGUAAAAUGUUACUACCACCCAGUUACUGUCACCAAUCCAACUAAUUCAGACCUGUGAUUACUUCAAAGGAAGGAAGGAAGUACUUCUGAAGUAUUCCAACAGGACCAGUGUUUCACUAUGGUACAUUGCUCUCUGCUCAGUGUGGAGAAUGUGCUCCUUAAAUCACAGCUUUUGCACUAGCGUAAAUAUAUGUUGUUUUUAAGAGGCAUUAAUGGCUGGAUUCAAUCCGUGUAGGAGGAUCCGCAUUAUAGGUCGAUUGUAAAUUUGAAGGCAAUGUUCCCGUGUUCGCGGAGACUGCAUUCACGGUAAACGCUGCAUGUCAGCUCAAUCGGAAAUUACCUUUAAAUGUUAGCGCGGAUCUUCCGCGAUACGGAUUGAAUCCAGCCCUUCGUCCAAUACUGUAUAUUGUAUCUAGAAAUCACAAUAUCCCCCCCAGCUACACCUACUGUUAUUACCUACAGACUUCACUUCACUUUACUGGUGCUACAACAUGGUGCUCAAUUUAUACUGUCAUUGGUGUAAUAAUAAUAAUAAUAAUAAUAAUCUCUCUUUUGCUCAAAGCCAUUGGACUGCAUCCUGAACUGUGAAGAAGUUUUUAGGACUUUACCCAUAAAUUGAUUCUACACACAAUUUUCACGUUAGUAUCCAACCAGUAACAAGGCUCUUCAGGGGUUUGUAAUACAUGAAUACGAUACAAAGAUAUUUCCAGCGGAGCGCAAAAAGUGGGUCGUAUUUAUUAGUGCUAAACGUAGCAAAAACAUUUUGCGACGGAAAACAAAAACAAGCGUUCCUGAUUGGACUUGUUCAGGUAGCCCCUCCCCGUAUUGGACCUUUUGCUUCCGUUUGGUUCCUAGUGAAUACGACCCUGGCCUCAGAUCAUUGAUGUUAUACGUGUUUAGAGAAUUGGCCAAGAGUAGAACGGUCAUCCUGGGCUUCACACCGCUCAUCUGACCAUGUUGGUGUGAAACACUGUGCCUACUAAUCAUUUCAAAUCACUUCUGGUGUCCAUCGUUUUGUGACCAAGUUACCCACUCUAGACCCUUAUAGGCUCUUCACCUGCAACUCUUUGGUUUCCAGGUCUGCGUUCCAAACGGCAGCCUGUCCCCCCUAUUUCGAGCACUAGUUUUGACCAGAGCCCCAUGGGUACUUUAUAGAGAAUAGGGUGUCAUUUGGGACGCUCCCCAGGUGUUUUAUCCAAACAACCACAACAGCACUUGUACAUAUAAAAACAUGUCAAUGUCUAAAGCUACAGGUACCUGAGCGUUUUGAGGAAUGGAGUGUUUUGGAGAGGACACGAUGACGGAAAAGCCUUACCUGUUUUCAGUUUCUUCAUCUGUGGCCCCGUUUACACUCAACGGUGGUGAUACAAAACAAAUGACAAUUACACAAGCGUUGUGGAGACAGUGAAACGGUUGUGUAAACAUUUUUUGCGCAGACAAAAAUAUAUAUUGUAUCACAACCACUGUGUGUCAACUGUGUUGGGCUGUAGUUGUAUGGGGCCGGGGUUGCCCCGGUAACAUGUAUGGAUAAGUGCAGCUUAUAUCACAGCGUUGUUUGAAUCCUGUCGUUUUUUUAGCUUGACUUUUUUAAGAAAAGGGAAAA